CUUUUAAUCUAUAAAGUUGAACCACACUUGCUCUGAUCACAAGUCACAAUACUAAAACAAAAGCAAAUUCAAAAUGCAGAGUGCUUUAACCUUUGCUUCCCCUAUUGUUAUGCCAUUGGCACCUUCAAAGAGUGUCUCCCAAGUAACCACCUUCCCUACCAAAUUAGCUUCCUCACUUUCUUCACCUCAUAAAGUUGCAGUCAAAGUUGCAACCGUUAACUAUGACACUUCAACAGUAGAUUACAGUUCUAUGUUCUCUGUGUUUCCGGCGGAAGCUUGCGAAACCGUCGGAGGGGACGCAUGUUUGGCAGAGAUGUAUCCUGAAGCGAGGGUUCAGCCGGAGGCUCGGAACGACAAACCUCAAGUUGCUUCAGAAAGUGUUGAUAGAGAGUAUCUUGAAUACAAUGAUCCCAAGACGUAAGAAACAUCUCAAAAAUCAAUUCACCGUUAUUUACUCUCGGAAAUGUUUGUUAACCAAAGAAAAUGAACCAAAAACAGCCAUAUAACUUGCCUUAUUUAACCUUUAUUAAUUGUUGCGACAAUUAAUGAAUAUUAAAUAAGACAAGUUCGGACGGUUUUUUUUUUUUUUUUGGGUCCGUAGCAUUACUGUUUACUUCUCUGUUAUUAGAUCAUUGUUUCUAGAUGAACUCGGAAUUCUUGGUGGACUAUGAUCUUACAUGUAUGUGUUUUGACUCAGGGUCUUCUUGGAGAAGCUUGUGAUGAACUCGGAGGAAUGUUCUGUGAGCACGAGUAUCAGAAGGGUGUCUACUAGGACAUAGAAAAACCCCUCUUUUUGCAAUGACUACUACAAAUCUACAAUGUGUUGUAUAUAUAUGAUAUGAUAUGUAGCAUUUAAUAAUAUAGAUCUCAAGUUUGCAAUUUU